CUCACUACAGCCGAGAGGAAGUUGUAAAGUCUCUCAGCUCUUCACUUCACCUUUUCUUUGUUGUAUUACGAGCAGAGGAAGCAAUCUGCGGAGAAACAAAUGUUGUUCUUUUCUUACUUCAAGGAUUUGGUUGGACAAGAAGUGACGGUUGAGCUGAAGAACGAUUUGGCAAUCAGAGGGACUCUUCAUUCAGUUGAUCAGUACCUCAAUAUCAAGCUCGAGAACACUCGGGUUGUUGAUCAGGACAAGUUCCCUCACAUGCUUUCGGUCAGAAACUGUUUCAUCAGAGGAUCAGUGGUGAGGUACGUGCAGUUACCUCCUGAUGGAGUCGAUGUUGAUCUACUUCAUGAUGCAGCUAGAAGAGAAGCUAGAGGUGCUUGAUGCUUCCUCCAAAACCUCUCUUGUAUCUCCAAUCUUAAUCUCUUUAUUAACAAGACUUGCUUCUUUUUCAUUUUCAUGUUAUCCCUUGAUAUGUAAUGAAAUCUUGUUCUGUUAUCUCUAUUAAAGAAUGAUCUGUUUUCUUCAAACUC